GGGAUACACUAGAACACAGGACAGGAUGCAUCGCCAUCGGAGACUGCCAAAAAAGAAUGUUCCAUUGAUGGAGUCUGAAAAAACAAAAGUGGGAGACCCAUUUCCUGCGACCACCACCUCACUCAAUGAACCUUUGGAUCCUGCACCAGCCAGCAGACACCAUGAAGUCACAGACUUUCUUACCAUGAGUAAUGUCUCUCAAGAGGAGGAGGCAGAGGAGAAGAAAGAGGCCUUCUCUUCUCAAGACACAGCCCUUCUCUUUGUUGUGGAAGAACAGGUGUGGAGCAGACUCUCAGAUCCUUCGGAAAGAGAGACACCUGUAGGACCAGAAAGCACACAGAGGGAUCCCAGGGCCUUGACAGAACUUUCUGAGGGGGAAAGCAACUUCAGUGUACAAGAAAGGAGUUUGCAGGGCCCCUGUUUGGAUUUUUAUCAAGGAGGAUGUACUGUGGCUUAUUCUUCAAGGGGUCUGCAGUCAUCUCUUUCUGGCCCAACCCCCUUGGAACAAGAUCCAACCCCUCCCAGCAAGGCCGAUGUGGAACAGUUGCAGGACCAUGCCAUUCCUGUUGGAUUUCCCCAAGCUCGGAACUUUUGUGACACAUUCCUUCAGACACAGUAUGAGGAAAGGUUGAGAACAGACUCUUUCCCUAAGCAGGAAGAAUCAGUUUGCAGAUGCCCCCUGAUCAAAUGA